AUGGAAAGAAAAUUAAGCAAAAAAGAAGAAGAAAAAAUCGUUCAAGAAUUAAAUAAAAUGCAAAUGUUAGAAAUGGUUGAUACAUCCGUCAAUCUUACUAAUAAAUGUUUCCAAGCUUGUGCCACCAAUUUCAGAAUUAGAACAUUAGAUGAUGAUGAACAACUUUGUGUUUAUAAAUGUGUUGAAAAAAAUACAAAUUUCCUUUCUGCCAUCAACAGCCACUUUGUUAAAUUAUCAGGUGAUGCUUAA